AUGUCUGUGGAUAAUAUAUGUAUACAAGAGCUGGCACACCUGGGCACCUCCGCUGGUGACUCUGUGAACGGUGGUUACAUAAGCCACCAGUCCUACGCCGCGGAAACUCGCAGCGCAUCAACAAGAAAUCCAACUCUUCCUUCUUUUGAGACUGAGAUGAUUCUCGAGUCGUUUAUCUCAAAGUGUCUGCUUUAUGGCACCGCAUUUCACUUAUGGACCACAUUCGUACUAGUCCGAUUCGACGAUGACACCGACGAUACAGACUCAUCCGCUGUUCCCGACCCGACAGAUGCUGCUCCGCGUGACACCUCUCAGGGAAGUGGCAACAAACGCGGAAAAGAAGUUGAAGAUGAGGACGCGCUAUUCAUACCGCUCGCCUGGUCCAGAUUACAGACAGGCGAGCUAUACAGUCCAGAUGAACUUGCCACGAUUGUCCUAGAGGGUGCAGAAAGUCAGAUGUCGCAAAUACUUGGAGGACCUCUCUCCAUCACAGGCUUCUGGCUUGUUCACCAGUUUCCAAACCGUGCCCCUCCUGGAUAUGUGCGGUCAGGACUCGAGAUCGCACAUGACAGCGUGUCGUGGGUCACUAAGCCUAUGGACCCCGAUGUGGGUGACAGGCUACAAAUGUUCAUGAAACCAGUCCAUAUGGUACUUGCAAUCAGAGAUGCAUAUCUGGUGCUAUUGUUGCGACAACUGGAUCGCCUAAGGAAACCAAAGGGAGAACCGCUGGACGCGUUGGAUUUUCUAAAUGACCCAUCCGCCACGCCUGGUCGGGACACAGGAAACUGGAUCGGUCAACAGGAAGAAUCCAACAUCCAACCACCCAUGACCGACGGGCUCAAAGAAAAUAUGCCACCCAACACCGAAAAUUCCAAUUAUCACCCAUCAUCACUCAUAUCUCUACUACAGCGGUUGCCGUUACCUGAUCUCAGCCCGGGAUCAGAUUUGCAUUUGGCAUCAAAGGCAUUCAACUUGCGGCUAAACAAUGAGCGGUCUCGGGCCCCAGGGUCUGCUCGUCGGGGUGCUUUCUUUGUUGCAGGCCCGGUUGGGCUAAAAGGACCCAAUGGAUUUUGUAGAUUUGAGGUGCGAGGCGAGUAUGAUCCAGCCAAACGCGAAUGGCGAGCAGUGGAGAUGACGCUGAAGGAUCUAAACAUGAGGAGACAGAGAGCACUUGGAAGUUAA